GUCACACAUGUCCGCUAAUGUGCAGUGGCCAUAACAUGGAUGUGGAUGUCUGACACUGUUUGGAAGAGUAAGAAGAGGAAGCAGCCAUGUCAGAGAAGAAGCCACGAGGUUCCGACACACGUCCCAAAAGUGGCCUCCGCAGCUGGAGUGCAGACAGUUAUGUCUGGCGGGGGAAGAAACGCUCCCGGAGCUCUCGAAACGGGUCAAGUCCUGGAGGGCUCGAGAUGGAGGGGACAGAGGAGCUGGGUGUACGAUCAACAUCCUGUCCAAGGCGGCGCAGAGAGAGAAAGUGUAGUUGCAACACUCUUGGGGAAGCAUUGACAUCUGCAGACAUUGAUGUAGUGUGUCGGAAGGCCUUGACCCGCCGCUCUCUAAGGCAGAAGUUCCAGGAUGCUGUGGGCCAGUGUUUUCCACUGCGCUCUCACCAUCACCACCAUCAUCAUCACCACCAUGCAUCGGGCUCCUCGCGACCCUUCUCAGUGCUGUUCUGGACCAAACGCAAGAUCCAUGUCUCAGAGCUCAUGCAGGACAAGUGUCCUUUCUCGCCCAAGUCUGAACUGGCCCGAUGUUGGCACCUUAUAAAAAAUCAGGCUACCCACUCAAAUGCCCUCAAGCACAUGGAGGCUCCCCUCAAACCCAGUGUCUCCUCCUCCUCUACCUCCCCACCACAGACGCCUCUCUCCUGGGAUGACAUCUGCUGCUCUCCUGGAACUGGAGGCACUAAUCUGGAGGACUGGGACCCUUCUUGUCCUCAUGGGGGAGCAGAGGGCAGCUGUGGCCACACUGACUACAUCCUGGUACCGGAUCUCCUCCAGAUCAACAACAGCUCCUGUUACUGGGGUGUGUUGAACCGCUUUGAGGCAGAGGAGCUCCUGGAGGGCAAACCAGAGGGAACAUUUUUGCUCCGAGACUCUGCUCAGGAUGAGUUCCUCUUCUCAGUCAGCUUCCGUCGCUACAGCCGCUCCCUGCACGCACGCAUCGAGCAGAACGAAAAGCGUUUCAGCUUUGAUGUGCGUGACCCGUGCAUGUACCGGGAUCCCAGUGUGACAGGACUACUGCGACACUACAGUGACCCGGCCACCUGCCUCUUCUUUGAGCCCCUUUUAUCCCGACCGCUUCCAAGGACCUUCCCUUUCACCCUGCAGCACCUGUGCAGGGCUGUGAUCUGCAGCCACACCACCUACCAGGGCAUUGACAACCUGCUGCUGCCACCUCAGCUCAGGGACUACCUCCGACAGUAUCACAUUAAGUGUGAUGGAGCUUGCGCUGUGUGACAGCCCAAAGCCGGAUCAUGGAAGGCAAAGACCGGACAAGCCAAGGCAGGUUCUCUUGGCAUGAGGCAAGAAUUGCCACUGAAUUCGAGUAUCUUUGCAAAUCUCUGAUGUCUACAAGGUGCAGAACUGGAGAGGUCUAUUGUCAAGAGAAAGAACAACUAAAUACACAAAGCCUUCUCUAAAGGUCUGAGUCCUGUAAGAACACAUGGAGGUAAUGUUUCCUCCUUAAGGGCUGGUUUGAAGCUUCCGGCCACCUUGACAGCUACUGGAGUCAAGUCAAGACUUACUGUGCACAUAUAAUUAAGCAAACAUGCCCUUGAACAUUUGCCUUAAUACCCUUUAUGGAGUAAGGAUCCCCACCAAGAAAACAACAUCACUAAGACCACUUGAAAUACUGACUCUUAAAGUUGGAGCACUACCCUACUGACUUCAAUCUAAUCAGAGUUGUCUUAUGCGGGUAUCUAGUACCUCUAGUGUCCACUAGAGGAAUGGCACCUUCCAUGGUUUCUUGGUUGAAACCUCCUUUCAUGUAGACUGUGGUGCGUUACUUUAGGCCUCAUCCUCACACCCAGUGCUGUCAAAGUUGCGAGGCACAGCGACUCCAACUGCAUCUAGUAAUAUCCAGACAAUAUUAAUCCCUCAUUAACUCUCCAAUUAAACAUUUUUGGACCCUUUCCCUCAUUGUUGUGAAAUAGUACAGAGUGGUCCUUUCAUAUCACUGUUGUAGUAACUAAUUGCAAAAUUCAAAUCACAUCUACUUUCAAAGACUUUGUGUAAAGACAGUUUGUUUUACCUGAUGACGAGAGGACUGUUUUCAUCUACAACACAAAAUGGAUUAAAUCAGUGUGGGUGAGAGAAAGACAUACAAAGUGACAGAAACAGACAUUAUUGAUUGUGUGGUACAAACACUGUAGACGUCACAAACGUCACCCCCUUAUGCCUUUCAACAGUUUGUCUUAACAACCAUGAUUGUCAGUUCUUAUGAAGAGGACUUGAAGUCAUUCUUCUCUGCAGCCACAAGAUGGCGGCACAGCUGCAUUGAUUCACCUGUCUUUUUUUAGUCAGUUCAGCUGCUUCUUUACUGUUAAGUCUUGGCAGAAACUCCUCUGUAAAUUGGUAUUUUAACAUCAGUUUUGCCUCGACAGUUUACGCAUUGGAGCUACGGUGGCCCUGAAGGCUCAAUGCAACACAAGAAACACAAACACAGUCAAAAUACAUACAAACUGUAUACAGAAAUGCUACAAGUUGUAGUACAGAAUACAACAGAAUGUUUGGCCAAACUUUACAUAUUUGAUUGUACUCACAGGCUGGGGGUAAUGAACGGGCUACAACAUUUGUUUCUUCCUCUUUGUAUAAUUUUUACCAACACAGCAGAACAAUAAUAACACAUUCCAGCUGAGGAAUACAAUAACAUCUAUUCACUGAUUACUCACUCUCUCUUGUGUAUCACUCAUACCUGUCCCCACAAAACAAGGGCAGGUAGGAACCAAUUCGGGAACAUAAUGAUUCUACAUAAACACCGUACACAAAAAUAAAAAUGAAACAAUAUACAAAGUACUAUAAAUGACAGUAGCUCAAUAAUGCUGAAUGUAAUUACUGCUUAAAUAUAGGUAAUGUACCCAUUAAUAAAUAACACAGUAAC